CAGUCAUAUGGUCGCGGAUACAUUGAAUCGUACUUUUGAUUUCAUUAGCAUUACGUUUGCAUUGCAGAGACAAACACAACACAAACAGUCGUUAAUCGCAUGACUGUUACUGUUAUUAACGGAUAUUUGUAAUUGUGAUCAACAUUUGAGUGCAAAACACACCGCAAACUACCCAUUCAUUUGUGCCCUCAAUCCCAUCCACACAUCCCAUUCAUUGGUAUCUUCGCUGCGGAGGAAUGUUUCGGGCGACCGCUCGCAGACUCAUCCAAGACUUGCGACCGUCAGCGCCGGCUAAUCAGCGCCUAUACCACGAAAAGGUGAUCGAUCACUACGAGAACCCGCGAAACGUGGGCUCCUUCGACAAGAGCGAGACCCGGGUGGGCACCGGUUUGGUGGGCGCACCGGCGUGUGGUGAUGUCAUGAAACUGCAGAUCAAAGUGGAUGAAAGUGGCAAAAUAGUUGACGCCAGGUUCAAGACAUUCGGCUGCGGAUCGGCGAUCGCUUCCAGUUCUUUGGCCACCGAGUGGGUGAAGGGGAAGACUGUGGCCGAAGCUCUGGAGAUCAAGAACACCAUUAUCGCCAAAGAGCUGUGUCUGCCUCCCGUUAAGUUGCACUGCUCUAUGCUGGCCGAGGAUGCCAUCAAAGCGGCGCUCAAUGAUUACAAAGUCAAACAGAGCUCUAUAGACGCCGCCAAGAGGUCGGAGACCACGGAUGCUGAUCAGCAGAGAGUGUCUGUCCAGUAGAUACCGUCUGAAGAGUAUACCGUAUAUACGUUACUGUAUUCCGGAGAUAAUCGCUGUAUUUCUUAUGAUAUCUCUUGUAUUUAGUGUUUUACCGACGCUUCUGAAGCCAUAGUUUGUGUUUAAGACAUUUUGUGUGAGAAUUUUUAUUGGACACAGAAUUUCAAUUGAUAUUUGUUUAGUUCACUAAUCAUUUGAUUUUUGAAAAAAUAAUUGACUAAUGAUUGACUCUCUAUUUAGUGAAC